GUUUUGAGUUUUUGUCCCCCAGCCGCAAGCACGAAAACGUGCCUUGUCUCUACCCUCCCGUUUUGUUCGCCUGGAUCAGAACCAAAUGCCGUCCUCUGCCGCAGUCACGUGCGGAUCACUGAUUGUCCCCGGAUGUUGGGGGGCCAUGAGGUGUGCGAACGAGGCUGGCGUUUUUUCCGCCAUGAGCCGCGAGCCCCAACUUGCGCAGGCUUCUCUGCUAGCGGGCAGGAGUGCAGCCACCGGCAUGUCCGCGAGAAAUAAUGCAGGAUCCUCCUCCGCAUCCGCAAGUUCCUCGUCAAGCGCAGCGCACUACACUCCGUCCAGCAACAAGCUGGGCGCUCGGCGGCCUACUCGCCUCUUCGUGUCGCCACUGCAGCUGGACAACCGACCGAGUCGAUCCCGUGCGGAAGGCACGGAUGAGGACGGGAUGCCGCUGAUCGGGCAAUUCCAUCCCGCCACCCCGGGCAGCUGCCUCGACGAUGAUGGCUUUGACAUGUUCGGGGCCCAGCGGGAAGGGGGAUUUUGCGGGGACUGUACCAAUUCUUGCAACGUACGGGUUUUUUGCUCUUCAUAUGAACCAACUGUGAGCCGGUGAAUUGAUUUUAAUAUUCGUGAAUGUUUACGUCGCACCUCCUCGCGAAGGAAGUAUCCUAGAACUAUCGACUUGAAAUCAAAUGCAUUAUACAGAUGGCGACAACCCCUGGAUUUGGGACGCGAGCUCGCACCACCUGGUCCACCCCGGAGAGGACCAAUGUGCUGGCAGUCCCGACCCCUAUCGUGCAUCUAAGUGGAGCAGUAGCAGCAGUCCAUGCAGCGCCGCAAAAAAACGGGACCACGCCGACCGGCGAGAUCCCGCAGAUCGGUCUCCCAGACCAACGAGACCGCGCCCCUUGA